AUGUCGUCUGAAGUAGACCUAAACGAGCUGCAGGCGCAAAUAAGUUUGUCGCUGGGUACAAUACGUGAAAUGACAUCUGGAUGGCAGAAGCCGUCGCGCUCAGCUGGCAGUACGUCCAUUGCAGCCAGUGCGCCCAAGCAGGACGACUUGACGGAGUGGAUGUCGAGGCCCAGUAGGCUAGGACUAGGAGCGGCACCAGCGCAGACAAGUGUUCCUACUGUUGAUGCAAAGCUGCAGCGUAAAUUGACACAGAAAACGCCCAAGGAUGGCAGUAAAUCUACUAAGAGUGAUGGCGAAGACGCCAAAGACAACGCCAACGACGAUGAGGACGAGGGAUCUAGAUAUACAAAUACAUCCGCAUCAAUGGCCAACAAGAAAAAGAGCAGCAUCAAGUCUUAUCUCGACAAACCACAUUCUGCUAAGAAGGCGGUUGUCGGUGUCGAUCCCAACGUGCAACUAUCUAAGAAACAGCGUAAGAAGCUCAACAAGAAGCUCAGAGAGCAGCAGCAAAAGUAG